AUGCGCUUCUCCAUCACAGCAGCCCUCGCCUUCGCCCUCGUCGGGUCCGCCCUCUCCAGCCCGGGCGUCUCGCCGGCAUCGGUGAGCGAGAAUGCAGACCCUGGCUCUUCGUUCAACAUCGACAAGGUCGUCACCACUGCAGAGAUCCCCCCAAAACCGGAUGUGGUGCUCCUGGUCGAUGUCACAGGAAGCAUGUCGCCAACCAUCGACAAUAUCAAGACGAACCUAGAAGCAGUCAUCACCGCCGUCAUGAACGUGCAGCCGAGCGCCCAGUUCGCCGUGGCGAGCUUCGGCGAUAUUGCAGACCCUAAACCAUUCACGGUCCUUCAGGCUUUGACAAACAGCGUUGCUGCCCUACAAGCCGCGGUCGGCUCCUUGACAGCUGGGGGUGGCGGGGACAUCCCCGAGGACUGGAUCAACGCGCUCUAUGAGAUCUCCACCGGUGCCAUCGCCUUCCGCGCCGAUAGUAGUCGGAUCGUAGUUCUCAUCAGUGACGCGCCCAGCCACGACCCUAGCGGCGGUCAUACCCUGACAAACACCAUCGGCGCCCUGGUGUCCCAAAGCAUCCGCGUCAUCGGCGUCAACGUCCAAGACCUUGAUUCUACCGGCCAGGCCACCGCCGUAACCGCCGCGACCGGCGGCAUCAUCAUUGGCACUACUGCCGACGCAGUUACCACCGCAAUCAUCAGCGGGCUGAAGAACCUCGAUGUCCUCGUCCAACCAGAAGCAGUCUUCUGCGACGCGGGCUUAACCGUCCUGUUCAAUCCCCCCCUCGCCCAAGUGAGUAGCGGCACCGUCGUCACCUUCCACGAGGUGGUGAUGGUGGCCGCCGACGCCGCCCAGGAUGCCACCCUUCACUGCAACAUCCGCUUCCUGAUGAACGGUACGCCGGGCGGCGCCACCUUCGUCCAAAGCAUCGACGUGACGGUCAAUCAGAUGGGCUGCUUCGUCUGUGCUCCGGUACCUGGCCAGAACGAGUGCCAUCCCACAACUUCCUGUGCGCCAACGCCGUUCGGAACAAUGUGUCUCACGAGGCCUGGGUACAAGGCAGAUGGCGUGGCUGACAACGACGUCAAGGUGCAGUGGCGGAUGAAGUGGCCUGUACCUGGCCAUGAACACCGUGUUGCCGUCAAACCGGGUACAUCGGCAAAUACACUGUGCGAUCCACAGAAUACGGGGCCGGAUGUUUGUAAAGAAGUUGUGGUUGCUAAUUGCUUGACGGCGGCAUCGGAGCGUGCGCGUCACGAUAGCGAUCAGAAGGUGAUGGGCGAUGGAGAAUUGUAAGAGCGAUGGAGAGGCC